AAGCUAUCGCGCGAAUCAUAAAGCAAGACAUCGGCGAACUGCAUUCGUUCAUCAUCGACGGUUUUGAAUCGCUCCCACCGGCCACCGCCCUCUUCCCCGUUCGGUCCAUGGACGACGCGGCCCCGACGAGAUGGUGGACUUCAGCCGCCGCCUCCUCUCCUGCGCCACGCUUCGCCUCGCUCGACCUCUCCACGCUCUCCUCCUCGUUUCCGGACGAGCCCGCGACGCCUUCCUCGUCACCAAGCUUCUCAACCUUUACUCCCGCCUCGGCGACCUCCCCUCCGUGGUCCUCACCUUCCGCCACGCCCCCGUCAAGACCUCCAUCACCUGGAACUCCAUGAUCGCGUGCUACGUCCACCACGGCUUCCUCAAAGACGCCCUCGCGUGCUUCCGCUGUCUCAUCCUCUCUCCUUCCCCUUCCGCCCGCCCCGAUUCCUUCACCUUCCCUGUCACCAUCAAAGCCUGCUGGGACUUGGAGUGGGGGAAGCGGAUUCAUUCCCUGGCCUACAAGCUUGGCUUCGUGUGUAACGUUUUCGUCUCCGCGUCCUUGGUCCAUAUGUACUCCAGGCUCGGGUUCACGGACGACGCCAGGAAGGUGUUCGACGAAAUGACGAUAAAAGACUUGGGUUGCUGGAAUGCGAUGCUCUCCGGCCUUUGUCAGAAUGGUAGGACGGCGGCGGUGACCGAAUUGUUUGAGCGGAUGAUGAUGCUUGGGUUGCCCAUGGAUAAGGUCACUGUGACGAGCAUUCUGCCAGUUUGCACACCGCUGCAGAAUCCUUUAUUGGGUUUUUGCAUUCACGUUUACUGCAUCAAACACGGUAUGGAUUCAGAUUUGUUUGUGUCUAAUGCGUUAAUUGACAUGUAUGCGAAGUUGGGUCAUUUGGAAGAAGCACAGAAGGUAUUUAAGGGAAUGGUGGAUAGAGAUUUGGUGACCUGGAAUUCUAUCAUUUCUGGCUAUGAGCAAACUGGUGAUGCUAACUCUGCACUUAAUCUAUUCAAUGAGAUGCAGCAGAGUGGCAUUCAACCUGAUCGAUUAACGCUUGUAAGUCUAGCUUCUGCAGUCGCUCAACGUGGGGAUGACCGAAAUGGUCAGUCAGCAUAUGGUUUCAUCUUGAGAAGGGGGUGGGAUUUGCAUGAUAUCAUUGUUAGUAAUGCCAUUGUUGACAUGUAUGGGAAGUUAUCAAAGGUUAAGCUUGCACAAGAAGUGUUUGAUAGGAUGCCAAAAAGAGAUGUCAUUUCUUGGAAUACUUUGAUCACUGGGUAUUCUCAAAAUGGCCUUGCAAAUGAAGCAAUCGAGAUAUUUAAGUAUAUGCAGAUCCAUGAAGGGAUCAUGCCCAUUCAAGGAACACUUGCCAGUGUUCUACCUGCUUGCGCACAUGUUGGGGCUUUGCAAGAAGGGGUGAAAAUUCAUAGUUACGGACUUCGAAUCGGCCUACUGUCAGACAUUUUUGUGUCUACUUGUCUCAUAGAUAUGUAUGCAAAAUGCGGGAGGCUGGCAGAAGCAAUGGUUUUGUUUGAACAAGUCUCCAGUAGGUUUACUGGUCCAUGGAAUGCAAUCAUAGCUGGUCUUGGUGUACAUGGCCAUGGAAAAAAGGCAGCAUCACUAUUUUCAGAAAUGCAAGAACAGGGGAUAAAACCGGACCAUGUUACAUUUGUUUCACUGCUGUCCGCUUGUAGCCAUGCUGGGUUAGUUGAUCAUGGACGCCAAUGCUUUCACCAGAUGAAAUCAGUUUAUGGUCUUGAACCUUGGGUAAAACAUUAUGCCUGCAUGGUGGAUUUGCUUGGUCGGUCUGGGCAACUGGAUGCUGCCUAUGAACUGAUAAUGACCAUGACACUAAAGCCUGAUUCUGGUGUAUGGGGUGCUCUUCUUGGAGCUUGUAGGAUUCAUGGCAAUGUAGAACUAGGUAAAGUGGCUGCGAGCCACCUCUUUGAGAUCGAUGCAGAAAAUAUGGGUUACUAUGUUCUGCUAUCUAAUAUGUAUGCUAAAGCAGGCAAAUGGGAUGGCAUAACUGAAGUGAGGUCCUUGGCUAGACAUAAGCAGCUACAGAAAACUCCUGGAUGGAGUUCAGUGGAGGUGAAUAAGAAGGUGAAUGUGUUCUUUACCGGGAACCACUCACACCCUCAGCACGAGGAGAUCCAGAAAGAAUUGAGAACAUUGUUGGCCAAAAUUAAAAGCAUUGGUUAUGUUCCAGAUUUCAGCUUUGUAUUGCAGGAUGUGGAGGAGGAUGAGAAGGAAAAUAUAUUAUCAAGCCACAGUGAAAGACUUGCAAUUGCCUAUGGAAUUAUAAGCACCUUGCCGAAAACUCCUAUUCAGAUCUACAAGAAUUUGCGGGUAUGUGGAGACUGUCAUAAUGCAACCAAAUUCAUAUCAAAGAUCACCGAAAGAGAGAUCAUCAUGAGGGAUUCAAACCGUUUCCAUCAUUUUAAAGAUGGUAAAUGCUCUUGCAGAGAUUACUGGUAAUCCAAUUUUCUUCUUUCUCUCGGUUGUAUUACAUUGUUCUAAAGAAGCUAAAACAAGUGACUCAAUGCACAAGACCUCUGCCAAUAUGAAGUCUGGGAACAGUCAGUAGCUCAAGCAGACUGACCCUCCAUAAGUCGUCCAAGGCAUUCGGGUGCCUUUGUGUGCUGCCAAAGCACACUUCUUGUAUGGGUUUGCAUUGUUUAAACUCUUGUAAGGAAAUGUUAACAUAUUUGACAUUUUUAUACUUCCAAGAAAAACCUUGCUAAUUGUUUACUAAUGAAACUUUUGAUACAAGUUUAAUUUGUUUUAAUGUAAC